GGUGGGAACGAACGGGACGCAAACGGGAAACGAAAACAACUCAGGAUUUAACGGCGACCGAAUGCUGCGACGGUGAGCUGUAGCUCUGAAAAACCAUCGAUUUAAAUAAAAAAACAAUAAUAUCGCCUCGAGUUAGAAGGCCAUACAUGAACUAGCUGGUGCUGUUUUUGGACGUAAAGAUGAUUUCUCCGUGGGACAGAUGGUACUCGACCAGCUGCUGUCUGUGCUGUCAUGUACGGACGGGCACCAUUAUCCUGGGCAUCUGGUAUAUGCUGAUCAAUGCAGUGGUUUUGUUGAUCCUGUUGUCGGCUCUCAAUGACCCGGUCCAGUACCACUACCACCUCACCAGCUCUGAACUCGGCACGGAUCUGGAUGUCAUGGACGAUGCAAACAUGUGUAUCGCUGCUGCAAUUUCAUUGCUGAUGAUUUUGAUUUGUGGGAUGGCGACCUACGGUGCAUAUAAGCAACAUGCUGCUUGGAUCAUUCCUUUCUUCUGCUACCAGAUCUUUGACUUUGCUCUUAAUACACUGGUAGCAAUAAGUGUUGUUGUCUACCCCAACACCAUACAGGACUAUCUUCAGCAGUUGCCUGGGACCUUUCCAUACAAAGAGGACUUGAUGUCCACAAACAACAUGUGCCUAGUAUUAGCAGUGCUCCUCUUUGUUGGAUGCAUCUUAGCCUUUAAGGCUUACCUUAUUGCCUGUGUGUGGAACUGCUACAGAUACGUCAGUGGAAGAAGCACUACAGAGGUCCUGGUUUAUGUCACCACGAAUGAUACUACCGUACUACUUCCACCCUACGAGGAGGCCGUCACCAUGCCACCGAAGGAUCCCCCUCCUCAGUAUGUUUCAGCUUGAGAAUCACACCACUCUCUUACAACGCUCCUUCCAAACCUUCCCCAAAGAAACACUCUCCGUCACAAUAGUCCAUUCCGUUGCCCCGGUCUCCUGUUUGUCGCUGUGUGACGAAAGUCUCCUCUCUGGAGGCAGCAGUAUGACUUUGAGCCGCCCUUCCCUCGACGAGGCUGCCCAGCUGUCCACAACCCAACGCUGUGUGUCAGCUCCAAUCUGAUUUGCACUUUCGGCGAUUAUGUGCGGCACUGGCAAUUUUAAUACUGUGAACUACUCAGUAGUGUUGCUGUCUACUGAUAUACCUGAGAUUUGAAUCCGGCGUGCAUGAUAAACACGGGAGUUACGUAAGAGCACUUUUAAAAAUUGGGAUUACCUAGAAAUAUACUGAAUGUAAGAAGCUGGCAUUUUCACUUAAAUUUCGUUGUACUGUACGAAAUAAAAAUAAUAUA